UCCGCUCAGUGUUGCACAAACAGCUGCACUUUGGGCGAAGAUUUUCUCUCGACUCGCCAGAACAAAAAUGAUGGAAGUGCACGCAAAUGACGUUGACCUGGAGGACGGCGAGCUAUCGGAGAGCGACGAUGAUGGCGUUUACACGCCGCUGCAGCGACCUGAUGGUGCGGAGAAGGUGGCCAGUCCCCUUACCACCUGCCAUCAGAUCCAGACUGCGUUGGAGGACGAGUCACAAAGCAACAGCGACUCCUCGACUGCCGAAUCCUCCGAGGACGGGUGCAUCAAGAAGCUGCGUACGGAAUCCACCGGACCCGGCGGCCACAAGAAGCGGAAAAAGCGCAUUCGGCGCACGGUGAUGCGACGCGUUUCGCCCACGGAUGCCGAAAUGCAACCGAAUCGAGCCCGUUUCAAGAAGUACAACGUGUGGGCUUCUGCCCUGCAAGAGGAUGCGCUCAGCGAGAAUAUGCGUGGCUGCGACGUUACCCGAAGCGGUCGGGAUCGAAAUGUGGAAAACUAUGACUUUUCAUUGCGAUACCGGCUGAACGGCGAGAACAGCCUGAAGCGACGACUCUCAAACUCUUCGGAGGACGGCGGCGAAUUCUCCCAUCCAGCUCACAAGAGGGGAAGACCUUCUAGUCGGCCCAUCGCCGGGAAUCAGCAGCGCGGCUUGGUCAAGAGUAGAACGGGUCACCGGUCACGUCGUGGGUCAUCUUCGGCCAGCGGAUCUUCCGAUUUCUGCGAGCCCAGACACAUUCUGGACUUAAACGAAGUGGGUGAGAGAGAUCCUUCGGAUGUGGCUACCGAAAUGGCCAGCAAACUGUACGAGGAAAAGGACGAAUUACUUGUUUUACCAGUUCGAGUCGUGGAGGUCCUUGGCAUAGAUGUGUGCCUAGAGCUAUACAAAGAAACUCAGCGCAUUGAAGCCGAUGGUGGCAUGAUGAUCAAAAACGGCAAACGGAGACGUACACCAGGCGGUGUAUUCCUGUUCCUAUUAAAGCACCACGAUAACAUAACUCAGGAGCAGCAGAAGCGCAUUUUUAGUGAGGAUCGCCAGAGUCUGAGCAAGUCGCGAAAGCAGAUCGAAACGUUGAUGCGGGACCGUAAGGUGGAGGAGUUGAAGAAGUGCCUCAGCAAGCAGGUUACGGAACUGCCCACGUUAAAUCAGCGAAAGGAGUACUACAUGCAGGGCGACGAGCAAAGGGAAGAUAAGCAACCGGGCAACUUGUCUAACCCACCACCCUCCCCUGUUGGUGCUGAACAGGAGCAGGACAGCCCUGAGUACAGGACCCACGAGAUCAAUAUAAAUCUUGUGGACAACGCGGAACUUCCCUCCACAUCCAAAGCAGCGGCGGCGGCUCAGGGAGCGUCGCUAAAGGAUUUAAUCAGCUACGACCACGACUUUCUGGACGUCAAUUGCGGGGAUAUGGACUUUUUCUAGGCCCACGCCAAGCGUCGGGCCCCUUUUAUACAAUUCUUGCAUAGAUAGACCCAUAUUUGUACAAUUAAAUAAAUGCCUAGCGAAUUAGGAAUCUACGAAA